AUGAUGAUGUUUCAUAGAAUAUUGCUCUUUUUUUUAUUCAGAGUUUCUUUUGCUUUCACUGAGGAAGCAAUAGGUCUCCUCAAAUGGAAAGCAACUAUCGAAAACCAGAAUACUUCCUUAUUUGUUUCUUGGACAAUAAGUUCUGGUGAUGUCAAGAAUUCUUCCAGCCAUGGAGAAGCAAAUCCUGAUGCAUGCAGGGGCUGGUAUGGAGUUAAAUGUUUUAAUGGUCGGGUAAAUAUGUUGAAUAUUAGAAAUGCUGGAGUCGUUGGUACACUCCGUGAUUUUCCAUUUUCAUCUCUCUCUUAUCUUGAAUAUGUUGAUCUUAGCAUCAACCAGCUCUCUGGCAUCAUCCCCGCUGCAAUAGGAAAGCUCACUAAUCUUGUCUAUCUUGACUUGGGGUCUAAUCAGUUUUCAGGCACAAUCCCACCACAAAUCGGCUCACUAACAAAGCUUGAGACCCUCCGCGUCAUUAACAAUCAUUUAAAUGGUUCCAUUCCAGGAGAGUUGGGGAAUUUGCAAAAUCUCACUAGACUUGCUUUAUACGAUAAUCAACUUACUGGUUCUAUUCCUGCUUCAUUUGGCAAUUUGAGAAACUUGCAUAUUCUGAAUAUACGUGCCAACAAACUUUCUGGUUCCAUCCCUAAAGAGCUUGCAUAUUUGGAUAACUUGGUAGUGAUGAUAAUGAGUAAAAAUGAGUUUUCAGGUCAUUUGCCAGAGAAGCUUUGCCAAGGUGGUAAACUUGAGAAUUUUACAGUGAACAGUAACAAACUUUCAGGGCCAAUACCAAGAAGCUUCAGCAAGUGCUCGAGUUUUAAAAGGGUUCGCUUUGAUAACAACAGCUUCACUGGGAAUUUAUCUGAAGCUUUUGGUAUCUACCCGGAGCUUCAGUUCAUCGAUUUGAGCGACAAUGAUUUCCAUGGUGAACUCAGCAGCAACUGGGGGAAAUGUAAGAAUUUAACUAAUCUGCAGGUGGCUAGAAAUAACAUUAGUGGUAGCAUACCACCAGAGAUUGGAAACAUCAAAGGGCUUCAAGGACUUGAUCUUUCAUCCAAUCAUUUGGUUGGGCAGAUACCUAUGGAGUUUGGAAAAUUGACCUCUCUUGUUAAACUUUUUUUGCAAAACAACCACAUUUCUGGAAAUAUACCUAGGGAACUUGGGUCACUAACAAAAUUACUGUCCCUUGAUCUAUCAAACAAUAGAUUGAACGGGUCGAUCCCAACAUUUAUAGGAGAUUACAUGAACAUGUUUCUCUUGAACCUAAGCAACAACAAGUUUAGCCAAAAAAUUCCAAAGGAGAUAGGGAGGAUUGUUCAUCUUACUGCACUUGAUUUGAGUCAUAAUCUUCUUGAUGGAGAAAUACCCCCUCAGUUAGCCAGUUUGCUGGACUUGGCAAACUUGAAUCUUUCCCACAAUAGCCUCUCUGGCCGCAUUCCUGAAGAAUUUGAAAGUUUGACUGGUCUGCAGGAUGUUGUAUUGUCAUACAAUGAGUUGGAAGGUCCAAUACCAAAUAAUAAAGCUUUUACAAAUGCCUCAUUGGAAGGUAAUAAAGGUCUUUGCGGCAAUUUAACAGGAUUUGUGCAAUGCAAAAUGCCCGCUUCUAUGAUGAAGAAGAAAUCAAUGGCAAAGGGACGUAAACUCAUUCUCAUCACUGUACUUCCUGUAUUGGGAGCACUGGUACUAUGUGCUUUCGUUAGCAUUCUCCUUGUGCAUGUUAAAAGAAAGAGAGUACUUAGAGACGUUGAUAGAGGAGAUGACGGUUUGCUUUCGAUAUCAAUGUUAGAAGGAAAGGCAUUGUAUAGGGAUAUCAUAAACGCCACAGAGGAGUUUGAUGCAACAUUUUGCAUCGGGAAAGGAGGGCAUGGAAGCGUUUACAAGGUAAAUCUUCCAUCAUUAGGGAAUAUAGCUAUAAAGAGACUUCAUUCUUCAUUUGAGAAUUCAUAUCACAAUAGCUUCAUGAAUGAAGUAAGGGCAUUGAUAGGGAUUAAGCACCGGAACAUUGUGAACCUCUACGGCUAUUGUUCGAAUGCACAACACUCAUUCUUGGUUUACGAGUAUGCAGAGAGGGGGAGUUUGUCUAGUAUAUUGAGCAACGAAGUUGAGUCCAGAAAGUUGGAUUGGCUGCAGAGGGUGAAUAUUAUCAAAGGAGUUGCUUUUGCUUUAUCUUACAUGCACCAUGAUUGCUCCCCGCCGAUUGUCCAUAGAGACAUAUCAAGCAGUAAUGUUUUGCUUGAUUCCAAGUAUGAAGCUCGUGUCUCUGAUUUUGGCAUUGCUAAGAUUCUCAAACCAGACUCAUCCAAUUGCACUGCGUUGGCAGGAACAUAUGGCUAUGUUGCACCAGAGCUUGCAUAUACAAUGAAGGUUACACAAAUGUGUGAUGUCUAUAGUUUUGGAGUAUUAGCAUUGGAGAUAAUCAAAGGCAAGCAUCUUGGGGAAUACAUUACUGUGCUAGCAAAUUCAUCGACUAGCGAUAACGUACUGCAGCUUAGCGAUUUGCUAGAUGAACGCCUUCCAUAUCCUGAAGAGAGAGUAAAAGAGGUUUUGUUUUUUAUCAUCAAGCUAGCAAGCUCUUGUUUGCUUGAAACUCCAAAAUCAAGGCCAACAAUGUACUUCAUCUCUCAUAGGUUAUCAUCAAUAGAUACACAUCCACCUAUUUAUGGAAGGCGAUAUGAAUAACCUUUGACACCGAGUGGUUGUGAAGUUCCACAAAAUGUUAUUACUGGGACUAGUAUUGUUGUUUUAAA